AUGAUGACUGAAGUAGAAACUAUCACACCAUUAAUGCUUGCAUGUCAAAUAUGUAAUGAACAAGAAGUUAAAAAUCUUAUUUCGCAAGGGGUUAAAUUAACGGAAACCGACUAUCAAGGACGUACAGCAUUACACUAUUGUUUUGGACAUACUACAACAACAUGUGCAAGUUUAUUAUUACAGUCAUCAUCGUCAGAUAUAUUAAAUAUACAAGAUAAAGAAGGUUGUUCUACCAUUCAUUUAGCCGUAAUCAAUAGUAAUGAAACUCUCGUACAAUUUUUGUGUGAACAAGGAGCCGAUGUGAGACUUGUUGAUAGUGAAUCACAUACUCUCAUUCAUUGGGCAACAGUCUGUGGUCAUGUUGAACUUUUUAAUAUUCUACUUCAAUACAAUGCACCAUUUCAUACACCGGAUAUAUUUCAUGCUUAUCCCAUCCAUUAUGCAUCACAAAUAUGUGGAGAGGAUACUCUUCUAGAAGAUGAUAUUAGUCGAGACACCGUUAAAAGACUUCAAAUAUUGAACAAGUUAAUUGCAUGUCAUGUACCUGUUGACUGUAUUGAUAAUGAAAGACGAACACCAUUUAUUUGGGCAGCUAGUGCCGGAGCUGUACAGGCUAAUAGGCUACUUUGGAAGUCUGGUGCUGAUCCGUUCCGUGUCGAAAAGGAUGGAUUAACAGCUCUUCAUUGUUCGUCGACUCGUGGAUAUCUCAACUGUAUCAAAUUUUUGAUUGAAGAAUGUAAAUGUAACAUUGAAGCCGAAGAUGUAAACGGAUGUACACCAAUAUUUUACGCUGUGACAAUGGGUCAUGGGCAUGCAUGUAAAGUACUUUUAGAUUUAAAAGCAAAUCCAAAUCAUCAAGAUAAUCGGGGACGAACUCCAAUACAUUGUGCCGCAACCAAAGGAAAUAUUGAGUGUUUAACAUUGCUUGAAAGAUAUCAUGGUAAUAUUUGGAUCAAAACGAAACGUGGCGAUUGCCCGUUACAUGAAGCUGUUAAUGCCAGAGAAACUAAGCUUGUAAGUCAUAUUUUACAAUGCAAUCCGUCAGAAGUAGAUUUUCGAAAUGGUGAAAAUCGAAGUUGUCUACAUAUAGCCGCGUCUAAUGGUGAUAAUAAUAUGUGUGAUACUCUAAUCAAACAUGGAGCGCGAAUUAAUAUUCUAUUACGAACAUCAACGAGUAAUUAUUUGACACCAUUUGAUAUAGCACGAAUUCGUCAACAAGAUUUAUGUGCUAAAUUUCUACUUGAUGCGAGUGGUCAACGAGGUAAUAUCCUUGCUAAUAUGUAUGCACGUUCUAUUCAACGAUAUUAUCGCAAUUAUAAACAUUCUCAAAAACUUAAAACAACACUUUUAUCAUCUGAAUCUUUAAUUGAUUCACCAAAAGAUGUUCAAAUACAAUAUCAUCAAUUAAUGAAUACAGCUGCUAGACGUUGUCAAUUACCAGGGACAAAAAAUACAAUUAUACUAACAGAUUCAUCUACUAAACCUAGUAUGACGUUAACAUCAGAUAGUGGUACCGAGUCUUCAUUUGUUCAUCGACAAUUAAGUCAAAAUUCAUCAAAUUUUGUACCAAUAACAAAAGAUUCAAGUAGUGUUUUAGAAUCUGAAGAAGUAAAACCAUUAUUAGAACAACAAGAACAUUUAAUUAAAGUAGAGUAUUUACCAAAGUUACAUCGGCAAUUAGGUCAUAUUGAAAAAAGAAAACGAAAUGUUAAUAGAGAAAAUACAAUCGGACGAUUAUCAAAUGAUGGGAAAAAAAUAGAGUCAAAAAAAAUUCUUAACAAUAAUCUAAAUGAGAUAUCAACAUCUGUCAAACUAUAUGAACGUCAUAAAUUAAUUGCUCAAGAAUUGUAUAAAAUAAAAUGUGCAAGAAUUAAUAAACAAUAUAUUAUUAUAAAUCAUGCCAUCUACAAUAUUUUGAUGGAAAAUGCAUUUAAUCCAAUGAAUAAGAAAGCGAUUGAUAUUGAAAAAUAUUUGGAAAAAUUAUGUAACCGAUAUGAAAAAGAAGCUGAAACAAUGAACAAACGUUCUAAGAGUGUACCAUCAAAACGUACAUUACAUACCAGUUAUUCAGAAAAAAGAACUUCUUCUCCACGACAUUGUCAUUAUGAACCAAAUAAUAAUAAACCAAAAGUAUCAAGCAAAAAAUCUUUAUCGUUCAGUCGUUGUACAUAUCAACAAAUUGAAUUGAUGAGAGCUUAUCUACCACAAGUAUCAACUGAUGUCUAUGAAAAAUAUUUUGUACAGAAAUAUAAUCAUUUAGAACAAAAAAAUUAA